UUUAUUUUUUCGUUUACUUUAUUUGUAGUAAAAUACUUUUUCAUGUUCCCCCCCAAAAGAAUGUAAAUAAAAAAGAAAGACAAUUUUUGUGUUUAGAAAAGUAAUUUUAAAAGUGAUAGAGUGUGAGUUUACAAAAUGUAAAGAUAACAGUAGGAAAGAAUAUGUUACUGUAAAUUACGCUCUGGAAAUGUUUACAACAUUUUACAGACUUGCAUAAUUGUAUAGAACAUUUAUAUUUCUUCCAUCGUUUCGUUUAAAACUGUUUUAAUUGAUUUUUUUUAAUAAAAUGCGUUUAUUAAAUUAUUUAAAACAAAAUUCUAAAUUUUAUGGCUCUUUAAUGGACCAAGUGCGUGAUAGUAGUCCUGCAUUUAUACAAAAUUUAUUGCCUUCAAAGAAUUAUAAUUUGGGUGCUUGUUUUGAAGUAGUUGAUUUGUUGCAACACUAUCCCACAGAAGAGCUAACGGACAGCCAGUUUGCCCAAUUAAGUCAACUGUCAAAUGUGGCCCAUUUGAAAAAGGCUACCAAAGAAAUUCUCAUACCCCGCAUAGUGGGUACGCCGGGACAUAAGAAAGUUCGUGAUUAUAUAGUGAAAAGUUUAAAAGAUCUACAAUGGUCCAUAGAAUUAGAUAGUUUUCAUGAUACCGCCCCCAUUAAAGGCAAUUUGGAGUUUCAUAACAUCAUAGCUACCCUCAAUCCAAAUGCUGAACGUUAUUUAGUGCUGGCCUGUCACUAUGAUAGUAAAUACAUGCCGGAAGUGGAAUUCUUAGGAGCCACUGAUUCUGCUGUCCCUUGCGCCAUGAUGUUAAAUCUAGCCGAGGUUUUGGAUUCACACUUAGAACCUUUCCGCGACUCUAAACUCAGCUUAAUGUUAUUGUUCUUUGAUGGUGAGGAGGCUUUUAAGGAAUGGGGUCCCAAAGAUUCCAUUUAUGGUGCUAGACAUUUAGCUAAAAGAUGGCAAACGGAAGGUUUUCUGCCGAAAAUUGAUAUGCUGAUGCUGCUGGAUUUGCUGGGUGCUCCAGAUCCCAAAUUUUACAGCUUUUUUCAAAAUACCGAAUCUUGGUAUACACGUUUCCUCAACUUGGAAGCUCGCCUUUCUGAUGCUGGUCUUAUGGAGCGUUAUGUCAGCAGUGGUGUGGCCCGGCACUAUCCUGAUCGUUACUUCCAACCUAGUGCUUUACGUUCAUCGUAUAUUGAAGAUGAUCAUAUACCCUUUUUGCAGCGUAAUGUACCUAUUCUUCAUAUAAUACCCAUGCCAUUUCCCACCGUUUGGCAUACGCCCGAUGAUAAUGAAACUAUUAUAGAUUAUAGUACGACGGAAAAUUUGGCACGUAUUAUUAGAUUAUUUACCAUGGAGUAUCUGUUUGGUAUAAUAAGGAAAUAACAGUUAACAAAAUUUUAGGUUUUUAUCAUCACACAAUACUACUAAUAUCUUUCCUAUGUUUUUUAUUUAAAUUCCUCGUUCUUUUUCCUAUAUUUUUAUAACCGUCUUAUAAAAUCUGUCCAUGUUUGUAUAAACAAAUUGUAGAUUAAAAUUAAUGUUUUUUAGUUAUGCACGGUUUUAUAUAAUUGUUCCCCUAUUUUUCGAAUAUUCCUUAAAACAAAAUUUUUUACUAUGAUUUUAGUAUUUCAACUGUUAAGUAUUAAAUUAAGACAAAAAGAAAUGUUGUGCAAUAAUAAAAAAAAUAAAAUUAU